CUGACCUAGGCGGGAAGAAGAACGAAAAAACUAGAAAUGGUCAACAGUUUUAUAAACCCACCUCCCCAUUUUUUCUUUCAAAUUCCAAGCUUCCGCCACAAGCUUCUCUCUCUAUAUCUUCCUGGUUAGCCUGGCUACCUCACUACCCAUGCCAUGGCUCGAAACAAGGAGAAAUUAGUAUUAUUGCUUGAUGUCGGUCCAUCGAUGCACGGUGUUCUUUCAGAAGUUGAAAAACUCUGCUCCAUGUUAGUGGAGAAGAAGCUUAUUUUCAGCAAAUAUGAUGAAUUGGGAGUGGUGGUAUUCGGAACCGAAGAAUCUAAAAAUGACCUUACAACGGAAGUGGGUGGAUAUCAAAAUAUUACGGUGUUGCAAGAUAUCAAAGUUGUUGAUGGAGAUCUUGUCGACACUCUACAGAAGCUGCCUCGUGGAAGAGUGGAUGGUGAUUUUCUUGACGCAAUUGUUGUUGGGAUGGAUAUGCUGAUAAAGAAAUAUAAAGAUCUACACAAAGGAAAGAAACGUCUGUGCCUCAUUACUAAUGCCAUUCAUCCUAUAAAGGACUCUUUUGAGGGAAGCAAAGAAGAUCAGGUCAUGACCAUUGCUGAACAGAUGGCUGCACAAGGCAUGAAAAUAGAAAGUAUAGUUGUGAGGGGAAGGUUAAGUCGUGAUGCAAAUAAGGGAGUAAUGGAUGAGAAUGAUCAUCUCUUGAGUAUAUUUUCAAAGAAAACCCAUACACGUAUUGUAUAUGUUGAUACUCCAACUUCAUUACUGGGAGCACUUAAAACUCGAAGAGUAACUCCUGUAACAGUUUUCAGAGGUCAUCUUGAGCUCAGUCCUCAUAUGAAAAUUAAGGUGUGGGUUUAUAAAAAAACACAAGAGGAGAAGUUUCCUACUCUGAAGAAAUACUCAGAAAAAGCACCAGCAAGUAAUAAGCUUGCAACACAUCAAGUCAAGGUUUCUUAUGAGUACAAAAGUGUUGAUGGCUCCAGUGCUUCAGUUAUACCACCAGAGCAAAGGAUUAAAGGCUAUCGUUAUGGACCUCAAGUAGUUCCUAUAUCAACUGCUGAAUGGGAUGCUGUCAAGUUCAAACCAGAAAAGGGUAUAAAGGUUCUGGGAUUUACUGAUGCUUCAAAAAUAAAGCGACACUGCUACAUGAAAGAUGUUUAUCUUUUUAUUGCUGAACCGGGCAAUACAAGAGCCACUCUUGCUGUUUCUGCCAUAGCAAGAGCAAUGAAGGAAAUGAAUGCGGUUGCAAUAUUGCGAUGCGUUUGGAGGCAGGGACAGCAGAACGUUGUUGUGGGGGUCUUGACACCAAACAUUUCACAAAAUUAUAAAAUUCCUGAUUCGUUUUAUUUCAAUGUACUUCCUUUUGCUGAGGAUGUUCGUGAAUAUCAGUUCCCCUCUUUCAACAGUUUUCCAGCUUCAUGGCAACCUAAUGACCAACAACAAAAGGCAGCUGAUGAAUUGGUGCAAAUGCUUGAUCUUGCUCCAUCAGGCAAAGAAGCAUUGUUGCCUGAGUUCACCCCAAAUCCCGUUCUGGAGCGUUUUUAUCGUCAUCUAGAGUUGAAAGCAAAGCAACCAGAUGCAGCUGUACCUCCACUUGAUGAAACUCUAAAGAAUAUUGUUGAACCAGACCCGGAGCUUGUUGCUGAAAACAAGUCUGUUUUUGAUGCAUUACAUAGACACUUUGAACUCAGGCAAAAUCCUAAGCUGAAGAAAUCAUCCAGGCAGUGGUAUCAAGAGAAACAAUCUGGAUCAAAUGCACAUGUAUCCAGUGGUCAGGCUGUCAAUUCCAUUGAAAAUCAACCACCACUUAAGAUUGAGAAAAUUGGAGAUUUAACUCCUGUCCAAGAUUUUGAAGCCAUGAUGUCUCAAAGAGAUAACCCAGAAUGGGUUGAGAAAGCAAUCAAGGAAUUAAGAGAGAAGAUACUUGCUCUAUUGAUACACUCCAAUGAAGGAGAUAAGUAUCAGAAAGCAGUGGAAUGUGUAGCUGCUCUUCGCAAGGGUUGCAUCCUUGAGCAAGAGCCAGGACCCUACAAUGAUUUAAUGCACCAUAUUCGGCAGUAUUGCGAGGAGAAAGGAAUCAAAAGUUUGCCACAGCUUCUUGCUUCCAGGGAUCUCACUUUGAUCUCCAAGUCAGAAGCUGAAGACAGCGAUGUUACAGCUGAGGAGGCGAGAAGCUUUUUCGUUAAAAUGGAGCCAAAACCCGAUGUUUAGAGUUGUUACUACGUUUCUGUUUCUUUUGUAGUUGGCUCUCAGUUUAUGUGCAGUAAACUUAACUUCUGUUUUGGUUAUGAAGUAUGAACUGUAUAUUCAACAUGUAAGAUCCAUGUAGCUUAUCUGUUUCCUCUUAACAAGUUCAUUAUUUUUCCA